GUGCGCUUUCCGCCAAUGCGGUGCGUCCGCGCGGUGGUCGGUAGCGCGCGAAAUUGGCCCCAUCAGUAUAAAAAGGGGCUGCCCCGCAUCGUCGUUGGUAGCCAACAUCACCGCGUGCGUCGAUCGAGGAGGCUGUUCGGCGGCAGAUUCCACAUGACCAUGAUACUACGAUUGAUUCUCCUGAGCUGGCUCGUAGCCAGUGGUUUCUGCCAAGAUGAGUCGACCACCAGCACAACCGUUGCCAGUGACCAGCCAGUGCCUUCGACGUCCACAGCGACUGGCGACACCACGCCGACGAGCACUGCCAAGCCCGGCGACGACGUCGAGGACGACAUCAACGACGCCAACGACUUCGUGGAUCAGAUCUUGGAGGAGGUGCAGACAAGCGAGACAAUCCAGUCCAAGAUAUCACCCGCGUCCCUGGGUAUGCUGCAGUACAACGGAUUCGUACUGUCCAACGCGCUCCUAUAUGGCGUGAACUCGGUGUACCGCAGUGACAACUGCACUUUCCGCUUCGGCGACUCCUCGUUUGACGUGCUCGUGCACCUCGGUGCGCGGGACCUGGCACUCGAGUCUGACUGGAAGAGGACCUGGCUCUUCAUACCGUUCGGUGGUAAGCUGGCCGCCAAGGUAGAGGACGUGAGCAUCUCCAUGGACAUUAAUGUCGACAACAGCGGCACACCCUCGCUCCGCAAGCUUAAGGUGGCUCGCCUGAGCGACAUCCGCAUCACCCGGGCGACGGGCGCGAGCGUCCUGUUCAACUGGGCGCUGCGGAGCAUCCUCAACUGGGCCGUCAACGCCAACAAAGGCCGCAUCAUCCAGCUGGUGGAGACGGACGGCGCGAUGGCCAUCAACGAGGCCAUGAAAGACCUGGGCUCCAAGCUCACCUCGCUCAAUGAGUUCCGCAAGCGCUAGGUCGUGCGCGGCCACGGGAACGGGCGGGGGAGCGGAAGGUCACGCUGCAGAACGCGCCCGAACUCGAAUAAGCGCCCGAGAAAAAUCGUGCUCGCCGAGGCACAAUAAGCCGCAUCUCCCGAUGCCCCCGAUGAAGCCCAGCUGAUAUUAUAGCCAUGUUCAGGGUGUUUUUGUAAAAUCCGCGCGUACGUUGUACACUGUGCCGUCUUAGACUUUAGCAGGGCAUUACGAAUGUGUUCGCGCGCGCCUCCUGCGCCAGCUAUUCACUUCGUCAGCAAUAAUUAUACACGCUUUAUGAGCGUGCUGAAUGGUGUUACUAUAUCCGCAAGCAAUCGUGAUUCCAAGUAUUGCGCUUCAGCCAAAUAUUGAGCAGUAUACAGUCAUUGCAAGAACGCCAAGUACAGCCAGAACUAAAACCACCAAUCGAAGCACUAAUCAAACUGCAUCACCGCGCCGCGAUACAGCGCUGUGCUGCAAAAUUGACUUUCUAGUGCCUGAACUUAAAAAAAAAGACUUCAUCAAGCUUGAAAUGAAACUCAAGAACAAACAGGAAAGCCAAGUAAAAGUCUCAAGACUCGAAUUCUCGCAAAAACGUAUGAUGUUACGUGAAACACAAGCUUGCCAGUAUUGUAUGCGGAUAUACAUAUAUGUACUUAAGCCCAACGGUAUGCAGAAAAUGGCCGGCCAUUUAUGCAGUAUCCGUUACAGCGACAAAUGCUAAAGUAUCUUGACUGAAUCACUGCGAAAGAGCUUCCCUUCUCUAGCCCGUUAUUUGUCGUCAUGUGCGUUCACUUCAAUAUCGGUAGCAGUGCGUGCCAACCGUACGGAGCACAUGAUUGUGACAGGACAUGUGGGAACGCUGCACUAUAUAUAUUCUUCGCGUUUUCUCUUUUCUAGAAAGCACGAUAACUGUGAUAACACACAGCUGCGACUCGCGGUUUUUUUGUAUUUAAUGUAAUAUUAUUUUCGUAUAGAGUAUAGCACACAUCAACGUAGCUUUGCGCUCAAACCGGAUCGUAAUUCCAUCGCACGCAUGAUUAACCAGCGCCUUCACGCGUAAACGAGCUGCGCGGUGAAACUGGUCAAUAGCGGUUUCCACGGCACGGAAACAUCAGUGGGAGCUGCACUGUACACACAACCGCUACACCACCCGGUGAUUUUCUACUACUUCAAUAAAUGUCCCAUGUGUCACGAACGUUGAGUUGUGCUUUUUGCUGGUGCCAUUAAAAAUUAUUGAUGACA